AUGGACGGAGGUGGCGACGGUGGUGCCGCGUACAACCCACGCACGGUGGAGGAGGUUUUUAGGGAUUUUAAAGGUCGUAGGAAUGGCAUGAUUAAGGCUUUAACCACUGAUGUUGAGAAUUUUUACCGACUUUGUGAUCCUGAAAAGGAGAACUUGUGCCUUUAUGGGAACCCGAAUGAGCAAUGGGAAGUGAAUCUACCAGCUGAAGAGGUUCCCCCGGAGCUCCCAGAGCCUGUCUUGGGUAUCAACUUUGCCAGAGACGGGAUGAUGGAAAAGGAUUGGUUGCGCUAG